AGCGCACAUGGAAAGGCAGGAGCAGCAACGAUCGGCGCUCAGAUGGUGAAAUUCGCUCAGGGAUUUUACGCGUAAAGCCACUAUAAGGCAAUUUAACAGGACUUACACUGGGAGCGCUUGAUUUUACGGACUACAACCAAGUGUUAUUUGAGAUGGGAUUGACAUUUAAACAACUACUCGCCUAUAGGAAUUUCACUGUGCAACAUCUAUAAAUGGACACACAUGCUCUCCGCUAAUGAAAAAUAAGGAGUUAUACCCAGUGGAGGAGUUCUAAACCUGCAAUGCUGCUUUAGAUAUUUUGCACAUCGGCUGUUGGAGUACAUAAACGCAGCAAGAAAUAAUCUGUAUUUUGAGAGGUUUGUGGUUUAUGGAAAUAGAGCUGAGAAGAAGAAGAAAUCUGAAGUUGGAGAAGAGGGUGUCUGGAUUUUACCAUCUUCUACUGGAGCCCCACUUUCAUGUCCGAAGUCUUUGGUUUAUGACGAUGGAUUAUUUGCUGUUUUUAUGCAGCGUUUUGCUGCCUCUGUCCUCGGCUGUUGAAGAAACACUGAUGGACACCAAAUGGGCCACAACUGAACUUGCAUGGACUUCACAUCCUGAAACUGGGUGGGAGGAAGUUAGCGGAUAUGAUGACGCCAUGAACCCCAUCCGAACAUACCAAGUGUGCAAUGUUCGUGAGCUUAACCAGAACAAUUGGCUUCGUAGUGACUUCAUCCCUCGCAAGGACGUUCUCCGUGUGUAUGUGGAAAUGAAAUUUACUGUACGGGAUUGCAACAGCAUUCCCAAUAUUCCAGGAUCUUGUAAAGAGACCUUCAACCUGUUCUACUACGAGUCUGACUCUGAUUCAGCAACAGCCACCAGUCCAUUUUGGAUGGAGAACCCUUACGUCAAGGUGGACACCAUUGCUCCAGAUGAGAGCUUCUCUAUGUUGGAGUCUGGUCGCGUCAACACAAAGAUUCGCAGCUUUGGUCCACUUUCCAAGGCUGGCUUCUAUCUGGCCUUCCAAGACUUAGGCGCCUGCAUGUCUUUGAUCUCUGUACGAGUUUUCUACAAGAAGUGUUCAACAACCAUUGCAAAUUUUGCGGUCUUCCCCGAGACGGCAACAGGCGCAGAGGCCACAUCACUAGUCAUUGCCCCUGGAACAUGUGUGGCUAAUGCUCUGGAAGUGUCGGUUCCUCUCAAACUCUACUGCAAUGGAGAUGGAGAAUGGAUGGUUCCUGUAGGUUCCUGCACUUGUAUGGCUGGGUUCGAGCCUGCUGUUAAGGAAACACAUUGCCAAGCUUGCAGCCCAGGCACCUUCAAGUCCAAGCAAGGUGAAGGGUUCUGCUCCCCGUGUCCACCCAACAGUCGAACAAGUUCUGGAGCAGCCAGCAUCUGCUCCUGCCGAAACGGAUACUACCGGGCAGACAAUGAUUCUCCUGACUCAGGAUGCACCACCGUGCCCUCAGCUCCUCGCAAUGUAAUCUCCAGCGUAAACGAGACGUCGCUGAUACUCGAGUGGAGUGAACCACGUGACCAAGGUGGCAGGGAUGACCUUCUCUACAAUGUCAUCUGUAAAAAGUGUCUGCCAGAGCGUGGUACCUGCACACGGUGUGAUGACAACGUAGACAUCUCUCCUCGCCACCUUGGCCUGACCGAGAGACAUGUGACUGUCAGGAACCUUCAAGCUCAUACUCAGUACAGCUUUGAGAUUCAGGCUGUCAAUGGAGUCUCCAACAAGAAUCCCUACGCACCCCAUUUUGCAGCUGUUAAUAUCACCACCAACCAGGCUGCUCCUUCCGCAGUUCCUACGGUCCACCUGAUGGGGGCAUCAGCAAAUACCAUGAGUCUCUCCUGGCUCCCUCCUGAAAAACCAAAUGGCAUCAUCUUGGAUUACGAGAUUAAAUACCAUGAGAAGGACCAGGGAGAAGCUAUUGCCCACACCAUGACAGCCCAGCGUAGCUCCGCACGUAUUGAGGGUUUAAAACCUGGCACGCCAUACGUGGUGCAGGUUCGAGCCCGAACGGUGGCAGGAUAUGGCCGCUACAGCAGCCCUGCCGACUUUAGCACCAACAACCAGGCUGACUCGGAAAAGAAUCUACAGGAGCAGUUGCCUCUCAUUGUGGGCUCCCUCACAGCUGGGCUGGUCUUCAUCAUUGUUGUUGUUGUCAUUGCCAUAGUUUGCCUCAGGAAGCAACGCAGUGGCUCGGAAUCAGAGUACACAGAGAAGCUGCAACAAUACAAAUCCCCAAUAGUCACUCCGGGAAUGAAGGUCUACAUUGAUCCCUUCACCUACGAGGAUCCUAAUGAGGCUGUCCGCGAGUUCGCCAAAGAGAUUGAUGUUUCCUGCGUGAAAAUCGAGGAGGUCAUCGGCGCAGGUAACCAACAACACAAGCUCCUGAGCAACAGGGGGAUGACAGCUAGGCACACCCAGGCCAUACCUUUGGAGGACUUCACUCCAAGCGGCGAGUUUGGAGAGGUGUGCCGUGGGCGCCUCAAGCUCCCUGGACGCCGUGAGAUCAUUGUGGCAAUCAAGACGUUGAAGGCAGGCUACACCGAGCGCCAAAGGAGAGACUUCUUGAGCGAGGCCAGCAUUAUGGGCCAAUUUGAUCAUCCCAAUAUUAUCCGUUUGGAAGGGGUUGUGACAAAGAGCCGGCCAGUCAUGAUUGUAACUGAGUUCAUGGAGAAUGGAGCGCUGGAUUCCUUUCUCCGGUUAAAUGAUGGCCAGUUCACAGUCAUUCAGUUGGUCGGUAUGCUGAGAGGAAUUGCAGCUGGCAUGAAAUAUCUUUCCGACAUGAACUAUGUGCACCGUGACCUGGCUGCUCGUAACAUCCUAGUCAACAGCAACCUGGUCUGCAAGGUGUCUGAUUUUGGCCUUUCUCGCUUUUUGGAGGAUGACCCAACAGAUCCGACUUACACCAGCUCAUUGGGAGGAAAGAUCCCUAUUCGCUGGACGGCCCCUGAAGCGAUUGCUUAUAGGAAAUUCACGUCAGCCAGUGAUGUGUGGAGCUACGGUAUCGUCAUGUGGGAGGUGAUGUCAUACGGCGAGCGCCCAUACUGGGACAUGAGCAACCAAGAUGUGAUCAAUGCAGUGGAGCAGGACUAUCGGCUGCCUCCGCCUAUGGACUGCCCUACUGCCUUGCACCAACUCAUGCUAGACUGUUGGGUGAAAGAAAGAAAUUUGAGACCCAAGUUCUCUCAGAUCGUUAACACCCUGGACAAACUUAUCCGCAAUGCCGCCAGCCUUAAGGUGGUCACCAGCACACAUUCUGGGGCCUCCCAGCCGCUUCUUGACCGCUGUGUGCCUGACUACACCACCUUCACCACUGUGGGUGACUGGCUGGAUGCCAUCAAGAUGAGCCGCUACCGAGACAACUUUCUCAAUGCAGGCUUUGCUUCUUUUGAACUGGUGGCCCAGAUGACCGCAGAAGAUCUGCUACGGAUAGGUGUGACAUUAGCAGGCCACCAAAAGAAGAUUCUCGGCAGCAUUCAAGACAUGAGACUGCAAAUGAACCAAACGCUGCCCAUCCAGGUUUGAGUUCAGAUGGGGCGGAACUGUUCUAGCGGACGCCUGAUCAUCUCGGCUAAUCAGAUGAAACUGGCUUGCUGUGCCUCGGACAACUUUUUCCUUUCCCUUUUUCUGUUUACCUGCAUUAUUUUACAUACGACAGGAGUAGAUACAGUUAUUUUGUAUUUCUUUUUAAGAAUGGAGAGAGAAAAGGACUUAUCCCAUGCAUGCCUAGUGAGGCUCCGAUGUGGGGUGGCGUUUGCAUGCAUGCGUGUGAUAUUUUCUUUUACGGAGGCUGCGUGGAACUCGCCCCAUCUCCAAAGCCUCCCGCAAUGCAUUUUCCCUGAAGCUGACUUGGAAAGCAAACCCUUUCCGGAUGGACACUGCAUAUGGAGAUACUCCUCUAAUAGUACGCAUAACUUGAAAUAAAAGACAAUAAGACUAAGAGUGAAUAUAUACACUCACAAACAAUGCGUGUGGACAAGGAAAUCUCUCAAACCCUAGCAGAUGUUUAGUGUAUGAUCUUGUGCAUAUUCCCCACCUUCAUAUUGAAGGUGUUUAAUUUAAAGGCACGGAGAGGCACACGGCAGAGGCGAAAGGUCGCAGAUGCCGCAGGACUGGAAUUUGAGGAAGCUGCGUCUGUCCACCAGGUUUAAACUGACAAAGGACUUAAAAGAAAAUACCUGGUGAACUCAGGAUGCUUUCAUAGUUAAAUAAUGGAUUCUCACAAUUUCAAUUGAUCUUUUGAUUUUAUUUUCUUCCUUUGUUUUCUCCACACCCUCCUUUAGUUCCUGUUCCACAAUGAGUUCAUUAUAUCACAAUUCUUAAGCAGUUAGAUAGAGAAGGACCAUGAUAGCUUGUACUAUAAACAGUGUUAAUUGCUGGCCAUCUCUAUAAUGAGUGAAUGUGUGUGUGUGUCAGAAUGACUGUGUUGUAGUGUAUGCAUUUGUGUGUGAACGUGUGUAUAAAACAGAGCGAUUAUUAUGCACACAAACACUGUACAUUAGCCUUCAGUUGUAUUCCACGGUGGAGAACUAAUGUAUAAAUUGUGACAAGGAACUGCAGUUUAUAUAUAUAUAAUUACAUGUGAAUCAAUAAUAUGGACAAUUUGCAUAAUUUUGUGGCUGUUCGAACGUUC